UACUUGGAUUGAUAAACUGCUAUCAUUUUAAAAUGAUGGAUUUCACCUGCAAAAGAACUGCACUUUCAUUUUUCCAUUUUUAAGAAGUAAUUUAAAAAUCAGAUAAGCAGGAAUUAGUGGUGAUUGAUGCACAGCUUUGCAAAUGUACUACAAAUGACUGAACUGAACAACUUUAAAGGAUGUAUUUUGUAUGUGGAUUAUGUCCUAAUAAAAAAAAAUCAGACAAUUGAGUGAUAUUGAAGACAACUGCUUAAGUCAGGGUUUUCAAGGGAAUGUGUUUCAUACAGGACACAUAAUAUAUAGGAUUAUUUUAUGGUAUUUACCCAAAAAGUCAAAUGCAGGAGUGCAAAUAAUCUGUCCGCACACUAAGAGACCCAAAAAAUCCAGCUGAGGGCCUGGAUCCCAUGGCACUGUGCUGCAUGAGUCCAGCUAAAGACCUAGAGCUCAUGGCAAUGUUCUCCACAAGUCCAGCUGGAGGCCUGGAGCCCAUGACAAUGUCUCAUGGAAGUCUGUAUCAACAGUCUACACUGGGAAAAAGCCCAAAGGUCAGUGGUGGAAGCUGGAAGGUCUGCACCAGCGAGAUGGAGGAUCUGUGCCAGCAGGCUGAGGGUUCUGCACCAGAGCCAGGAAGCAAUGCUCAAAAGGAGCUCAUCUGUUCCUUCACCAUGGACAUCGGUCCUGGUUCCAAUGCACUCAUCAGCUUGCAGCACCGGUCUGUCAACCUUCUGGUGCAGACCCUUCAGCCUCCUGAUAAGACUCACACCGGAAACUACACGGACCUUCAGAUCUUCAACUGGAUCCUUCAGAUCCCCAGUGUGCGGAUAGCCCUUCUGCACUCUUCCACACCUGACUCUGUGGACUGCUGUUGUAAGCUAGUCUUGUAAAUUCUUGUAUAUUUGUAUAUUUUGUAUUAUAUCUGUUUCUCUAGUAAGCACUGACUGAUACAAGGUCCUUAAACUGAGAUCAGUGUCAGUUUUGGUGUUUCAUUAGUAGAGGUCUUGGGACUCAGCAUAUAGUCCUGUUCAUGGCCAUGAGUAUCAUUUAUUACAGUGAAAGAAUACAAAUCAGGUUCAGUGAAAGGAAAAGGCCCAGUCAGAAGUCAAAUAGAGAUGAGAUGCAGGCUUCGAUGAGUCCUCUCAGAAGGGUUACAAAGAACACACAUUACUUAAUUCUUUGAGCUGUAAGUUGUGUUGAGAUUUUUGAAAUUUGCAAACCACAUUUGUUAGAGAUUCAGCUUCUUUCUUGGGGGCUGGUCAUAUAGCCACAUUGUGCCCAGUGUGUACCCAAAUUUUAGACUCUCAGAAAACCAGAUGUUUACUUAAAUUAUAUUUUUUAUACAAACAGUUUAGGGACAGUGAGACACUGACAUUAGUGAAAAUUUUGAACCUUUUAGAAAUCAAAAUUUCCAGAAGCAAGCCAAGGACCAACUUUGUAAGCAGACAUUUUCAAGGAUAAGUAGUCAGAACUGUUGUUCUGUCUCUGUGCUGUUAACUCUUCAGUACAGGGACAAUUAAAUGAUUAAACUUGGAGGUACUUGGUAUAUACUUUCCAAAGAAAUUAAUUACCUAAAUUACUAUACCUGAUUUUGUGCUAUUAUGUUAAUACUUCAUUAAUUUGAAUUAAUGAUGCUAAGCCCAUACACUACUAUAUGAGCUUAGAUUAUAUACUACUAUACUUCUCAAGAACUUCAGAAUUAAACAUUAAAAAUUUUCAACUUUGAAUAAGAUACUGGUUAUGUGUGCCAUCAAUUAAAUGAAAUUUUAAUAUUUCA